GCCCUUAAAACGGAGGCUGCGAUAUUGUUCCUAUAUAUAUAUUUCUAUCAAGUGUUAAACAUCGAUCUCACCAUCACUCACCUCAAACUAAAUGCUAGAGAAGAACAAAAAGAAAAAGGUACUAAGAUAAUGAAAGGAAGCAAGCCCUAUCUGGUUGUGAUUGCCAUCCAAGCUAUAUAUGCUGCCAUGUUUCUGCUCUCAAAAGCUGCAUUCGACCAUGGCAUGAACAAUUUCAUCUUCACCUUCUACAGACAGGCACUAGCAACCCUUUUCUUGAUCCCGUUCGCUUUGUUCUUCGAAUGGAAACAUGCACUGCCUUUGCCUUUUCGGACCUUCUGCAAGAUUUUCUUCCUAUCUUUAUGUGGGAUUACUUUAAGCCUGGAUGUUUAUGGUGUUGGUCUUAUUUACACCUCUGCAACUUUGGCUGCUGCUACUACAAACUGUCUUCCAGCUAUCACCUUCUUUCUGGCGCUCCUACUAAGGAGAGAGAGAUUGAAAGUAAAGACCAUCCCUGGAAUUGCUAAGUUAAUAGGCAUUUUAGCAUGCUUGGGUGGUGCAGCAAUCCUUGCCUUUUAUAAAGGUCCUCACUUUAAAUUUUUAAGCCACCGUCCCCUCCUGGGAAACCAUAAAAGCCAACAACAUCAAGGUCAUAAUGCUCUCUCUGCCUCUGGUACAUGGAUAAAGGGUUGCUUCCUCAUUCUCCUCUCCAACACAUUUUGGGGGUUGUGGCUUGUGCUACAGGCUUUUGUUAUAAAAAGUUACCCUUCAAAGCUUAUCUUCACAACCCUUCAGUGUUUCUUAAGCUCAAUUCAGUCUCUAGUGAUUGCCUUGGCCAUAGAAAGGGAUAUUGAGCAAUGGAAAUUGGGUUGGAAUGUCAGGCUCCUCGCUGUAGUAUACUGUGGAGUUAUGGUUACUGGUGUGGGCUUUUACUUGCAGACUUGGGUUAUAGAAAAGAAAGGACCAGUGUUUCUCGCAAUGUCAAUGCCAUUGGCUCUGAUUAUUACAAUCAUUUCCUCUGCAAUUGUCUUGGGCGAGAUAAUAAGUUUGGGAAGUGUGCUGUGGGGAAAAAGCAGGGAGCAAAUCUUAAAAGUCUCGCUGGAUUUGGAGCAAUCAUCAGGUUAAAACGAGCUUUCAAAUACGAUGAUGUGUGGAUUUUCAACGUCAAAAACAUAAGAAAAAUUUGACAUGAGAGGAUUCAUUGUGGUGAACUCUAAGACAUGUCAUGUUUUUUGCAGAAUGAAGCUAGUUGUUGGAAAAUAUAUACCUUAUGGUUAUGAAAUAUGGAUAAAGCUGAGCAUUCCUUCUUGUGCAUGAGAAUAAUAAAUUUCGCUUUUAAUGAUUAAAUAUGUUAAGGAGCCUCAUGCUCUAUGUAGUCAACAUCAAAGAUCUAUGUAGCUCAAGGCUUGAAUUUAGUCCUCCCUUAUUGUAAAAUGGUUGCAUAACCUAAACAAUCAAAAGUUUUAAUGGAGUUAAAAUUUGGCUA